GAGCUUAUGGUCGUCCGAAGUUCAGGGCCAAGGCGAUUUAUCUGAUCCAAGGCUGAUUGAUAAGAUCGCCAAGAAAAUGCGGAAUUAACAACUCGAGCCUGCGGAGAUAAAGCGUUCGUUUCAGAGAAUUGGCCUCGAAGGGCUCUUCCAAUUCGAUGCUUGCGAGGUGACUAGUUAUAGGGAAGGUAGCAUCGCAGGCCUCCAACAGAAUGCCGGCUUACGACACGGGAUAUCGAUGAUAGAGCUUUUCUCCAAAUGAGGACAUUCGCUCACCGGUUGUUAUCCAAACCUGGUCAGGACUACGCAUUCACAAUUACGCGUCCACACCCUUUGAGUCAUCGAUACCCAAGCCAAACUGGAAUCUGCGUGCAGCUUACGAAAAAUGUCUUAUUGGUUAGACUACCGUGGUCUUACAACGCCCUGAAGCAUGCGACUGAAGACACUCAAUGGUGCUCCCCUCCAGGAGCAUCUUGACUUCAGCGACAAGGCUCUACAAGAUAUUGGAGAAAAUCUCCCCUUUAAGGAAACUAUACAACGGACUGUAUACGGCUCAACGGCGUCUUCAGAGCUAGAAAAUACCCUUCCUAUCAAAUGGCGACGGCUAGACCCUCACAACAGUCGACUCCGGACCGGAUGGUCUCAACCGUACCUGCCAGGCGGGACUAACAACAACAACUCCGUAUUUCCCUCGUUCGGACAACUGAACAUUAUCCCGGCCUCAGUUUUAGAAGAAUCCAACAUCAACGAAACGACCCUCACCCUAGAUGGAGACGACGAUCCAUCCCACCUCGACUUCCUCAACCACUCCCUCAUCCUGCACGACACCCUCCUCUCCUCCCAACUCGCCCUCCCAACCCCAGAAGACUACUCAGACGCCGACAACACAAUCUCUACCUCCUCCUUCCUCACAACCUCCUUCUCCCCAAACCCAACCCCCCUCGCAACAGUCGCCAGCGGCAUCCCCCAAGCAGAACCCCCCUCGUCCUCAAACACAACACUCACCCUCCACCUCCCCCCCUCCCUAACAAUAACCCCCCUCUCCUCCCUCCCAACCCCAACCCACCUCCUUACCAUCUACCCACAAACCCCAACCCCCACCCUCCUCUGCGUCCUCACCACCCCCCCAACCACCCGCACCAUCCUCAUCCAAAAACGGCGCGCACCUUACAAAAUGGACCUCACGGAACUCUCCCUCUCGGACCCCACGAGCGCAAACUUCAAAGUAUCCUUCUGGUUCCGACCGCAGGGUCCUCCUGCCCCCGGCCAGGCGCUGCAGAAGCAGAAGCAGAAGCAGAAGCAGGAUAAUAAUCCGGCGCAGACGGCUCUACGCGCAACGCUCGACUCGCUGCGCACGGGCGAUGUGGUGCUCCUGAGGAAUAUCGUGCUCAAUGUCUUCCGCGACACGGUGUACGGGCAGGCGCUGAGUCCGCAGAUUACGAAGGCAAGGACGACGGUCGAUGUGUUGGCGAGGGCGGGAGAGGAGCCUGAGUAUAAGAGGAUCGUGCCUGCGGGGGUGGAGGAGCAGUUUGCGAGGGUGAGGAGGUGGGCUAGGGGGCAUGUUGUUCCUGAGCGGAGGGUGGGGAAGAGGAAGGGGAGUAGUGGAGGAGAGGAGCGCGGGGCGGUGAAGAUGGGGAGGUUGGGUUACGGCGUGGAUGACGGGAUGCCGCCGGAUACUAUGGAGGGUUGAGCAUCGGCGAUGCCGAAGGUGCACUAUUUCCGAGCAUGGUUGCUCUGACGGCUGUUGGGGAAAGUAUGAUAUCCCUUCUGGUUUGACAACGUACCGGAACACUGCGCGAAGCCAAUCUUACAAUCUGGACGGCCAUGUACUC